AUGACAAUUAAUCAAGAAGAGCAAAAUACACAAAAAUUAGUGAUUCUACCGAAUUCGUUAACCAAAAAUGCAAACACGUCCAUACAAGUUUUUUCAUUACCUCAUCCUUCAAAUAUCACUUCCAAACCUCGUAUUGCACUAAUUCAAGGAAUUGAUAACCAAUUAUUUCAAGUUCAUACUCAUAGUUUUGGUAGGAGCUCAGCUUAUAAUUAUCGUUCUGAUCUGGCUAAUGAAAAGUAUCAUUAUACGAAGGACUCUAAACCUGUAAAAUCCACAUUUUUGGUAAACGAGGAGCACAGAGAAGAUGGUUAUAUCUUGGAAUCCUCUGAAUUUCAGUUCACAACUAAAUAUAAUGUGGUGUUUAAUCUAAUAGGAUUUUUUUUCAAAGAUGCGAGUGAAGUGGAACAGGAGUGUGAUUACAUUAAACCUCUGGUGAAAAACGAAACCAUAAAAGUAGAUGACAAGUUUCUGCCGUUGAGAGACUACCACGAUUUACUGGUCGAUACAUAUGAUAAACAAUGGAUGAACAUCUCUUUGAAAACGCUAGAAAAUGCAUUGAGCGAAAUUAGUGAGGUCAUUGAGGAAGCUGGAGAUAAGUAUUAUAAAAUAACAAGGGAAAAAAUCACUAAUGUACUGAUUUCUAGGGUUCAGAAGAUAGUCGAAAACUUCCCAAAAAGUUUACCAAUCCCCAUUGAUUAUCCUGAUGAGAUUAAACACUGUGCGAAGGUAACGCUGGCUUGUAAUCUGUUAAUAUCUUUGAUUCCGAAGAUGGCAUAUGAAGACUUGAUUGUCUUUGAGUCUUCUGAUGAUGCUAAACUAAAUAUUUCAGGAUUGAUUUCAAAGUUCAAAAAAUAUGAGGAUGAGCAUGCAGCAGCAAUUGUCGAAAAAGAUAUACUAAUCAAUGCGGCGAUAUCUGUUGGCUUAGGCGAGAACAGUGGAAAGAGGAAUAAGGUAUCCAAGCCAGUCAUCAAGAAGAAAGAAGUGAUAAAGAAGAAGGUUGCCAUUGGUAAAGGUGCAAUUGAUGGGUUCUUCAAAAAAGGGAAAUAG